AGGUUCUCGUGUGUGAGUAACAGAUUCCAAAUAAAUACGGGGGCUGUUUAUAGCCACGCCAUCACUAUUCAACAGGACAUAGUAAAAUGAACACUGUAACUUACACAAUUUUGGCGCUAUGCCUUCUAGCAAUGACUAUGGCAUUACCUACGCCUGGUGGUAAAUUGGUGCAAUCAACUGAAGUUUUACAACCAGAGGAGUCUAGAUGGGGUUACGGUGGCCAUGGUUACGGCGGACACGGUUACGGACACCACGGUUAUGGACAUCAGGGCUGGGGUAACGGAUACGGUCGUGGAUACGGAGGAUACGGAGGAUAUGGCGGAUACGGUGGCGGUUUCGGAUACGGUGCUGGCAUCGGCAUCGGCUAUGGUUUCGGAGGUGGAUACGGAUACGGCGGAUGGUAAAUGUAAAAUGGGACCUUUGUGAUCUAAUGUUUUAAGCUGUGUAUAAUUUUGAUUAGUGUGUUAUAUGCCAGAACAUUUAAUACAUUUGUAAAUAGCAACCAUCAAUACAAACCUGUAAGCAAAAUGAACUUAUUGAAAUAAUUCAAAUAAUAAAAACAAUAAAUUAUCAUACCUAGA